CCGAGCCGGCCGAGGCCAUGGGCGCGCUGGCGUGGCUGCUGCCCCCGCUCCUGCUGCUCUGCGCGCAGCAGCACCGCGGCACCAGGGCAAUGAAUGACAUUGGCGACUACGUCGGCUCCAACCUGGAGAUAUCCUGGCUACCCAACCUGGAUGGCCUGAUGGAGGGCUACGCCCGCAACUUCCGGCCCGGCAUUGGAGGGCCCCCUGUGAACGUGGCACUCGCCAUCGAGGUGGCCAGCAUCGACCACAUCUCAGAGGUGAACAUGGAAUACACCAUGACCGUGUUCCUGCACCAGAGCUGGCGGGACAGCCGGCUCUCCUACAACCACACCAACGAGACCCUGGGCCUGGACAGCCGCUUUGUGGACAAGCUGUGGCUCCCAGACACCUUCAUCGUGAACGCCAAGUCCGCUUGGUUCCACGACGUGACCGUGGAGAACAAGCUCAUCCGGCUGCAGCCCGACGGCGUGAUCCUGUACAGCAUCCGAAUCACCUCCACAGUGGCCUGCGACAUGGACCUGGCCAAGUACCCCCUGGACGAGCAGGAGUGCAUGCUGCAUCUGGAAAGCUACGGCUACUCGUCCGAGGAUAUCGUCUACUACUGGUCGGAAAACCAGGAGCAGAUCCACGGGCUGGACCAGCUGCAGCUGGCGCAGUUCACCAUCACCAGCUACCGCUUCAGCACGGAGCUGAUGAACUUCAAGUCGGCCGGCCAGUUCCCCCGGCUCAGCCUGGCCUUCCACCUGCGGAGGAACCGCGGCGUCCACAUCAUCCAGUCCUACAUGCCCUCCAUCCUGCUGGUCGCCAUGUCCUGGGUCUCCUUCUGGAUUAGUCAGGCCGCGGUGCCCGCCAGGGUUUCUCUAGGCAUCACCACCGUGCUGACCAUGACCACCCUGAUGGUCAGUGCCCGCUCCUCCCUCCCGCGGGCAUCCGCCAUCAAGGCGCUGGAUGUGUACUUCUGGAUCUGCUAUGUCUUCGUGUUUGCUGCCCUGGUGGAGUACGCCUUUGCCCACUUCAAUGCCGACUACCGGAAGAAGCAAAAGGCCAAGGCCAAGGUCAAGGAGCAGAGGGCUGAGAUGGACGUGAGGAGCGCCAUCGUGCUCUUCUCCCUCUCGGCCGCCGGCGUCACCCAGGAGCUGGCUGUGUCCCGCCGGCAAUGCCGCGUGCCCGGGAACCUCAUGGGCUCCUACAGGUCCAUGGAGGUGGAGACGGGGGAGACAAAGAAGCAGGGGGGUGGCCGGGGGGGCCUCCGGGCCCUUUUCAAGCCCAUUGACGCAGACACCAUUGACGUCUACGCCCGCGCCGUGUUCCCAGCCGCCUUCGCCGCCGUCAAUGUCAUCUACUGGGCAGCCUACACCAUGUGAGACCGCGGGCAGGCCUUCGCGCCUCCUGCUGCCCAGAACCUCCUGGGGGAGGGACCCACGCUGCGUGUUUCGGAGCCCGCAGGCCACAGACGGCAAGAGGAAGGCCCUGGCUCCGUCCCCGCCCUCACGGGGAUGCGGGCGCUGGGGACGCCGGCCCAUGGCCUCCUUUCCCGCAGCAGAGCUGCCUGACCUGGGCCCAGCCAGGCAGGCGCUGUGCCUGGGGAGCUGCGCUUUUGACUAGGAACGUGGUCCUGAGCCUGGGCUCUGGGGUGUGGACCAGGAGGGGCGGGGGCCGGGAGUGGACAGCGCUCGACGUUGUGGGGAGACGGUGGCAAAGGCGCUUGUGAGCCUUCGGUCCCAGCAUGAAAUAAAAUGAGGCCUUUGGCCGCUGCUCA